GAUACGCAGCUUCGUCGACCCGAGGGAUCGCGGGAAAUGUAUUUCAGGCCAACUAAAUGUUUCUAGAAAGCCAAAGGCUGCAUACUUCAAUUCCCAGCAUUCAUUGCAAUAGCAUGUUGCGUUUAUAAAAUGUAUUCGCCGGUCCUGUAAUUUUAACUAAACGCAAGAUGUGUAUUUAUCACAUUUAGUGAAAAAUUAGACUUAUUAUGUAAUUUGCAUUUAUGUAAAGUAAUGUAAAGUAUUUUUUGAAUCGGUAAAACCGCUACAGAAACAGAAGGUAGGAACUCUGUUUAUUAUCUGUUUGGCGAGGACGACUGGAAUUCGUCGUAGGACCUAAACAGUUACAGAUGGCGUGAAAGAAACGUACUUAGGAAUAACCGUAAUAAAAGCCGCUCCAGAAUAUACUAACACAACAUAACCAAUUUAAAAGGAAGACAACACAAGGUCUUUUAAAACUGCUACUAUGGAGGCGCUGCAGAGGAGAAUGAUUGAGGAGGACAUGGUCCAGUACAAGCUCUUUUUGAUCCAGCCAGGCAGCUCUUCUUCACAGCAGACUGAGGAACGAGUUGAGGAUAAUGAUGGGGAGUUUCUUCUGAUUGAAGCAGCAGAUUACCUUCCUAAGUGGCUGAAUCCAGACACAAGUGAAAACAGGGUCUUCCUAUACAAGGGAGAGUUGCAUAUCCUUCCCUGCCCAUCUAAAUCCACUUCAGUGGGCUUUUCAAAAGAUGUGGUACCCAGUGUGGCACAAGCUCUGGAGCUACUUUACACCCAACCAGAAGUCUGUCGGGCAAGCUCCAAGAUUUCUUUAGCACUGAAGAAGAGACUAGAGGGGUAUCCAGGGAAGAUUAAAUCGGGCCUCCACCGUGCACACUGCUUCAUACCUGCAGGUAUUGCCACUGUGUUGGCACAGCGACCAGACCUCAUUGCACCUGCAGUUUCAGCAUUCUACCUGCGGGAUCCAGUAGAUUUGCAGGCGUGUCGAACCUUCAAGACGUUUCCUCCUGAUACACGAGUCCUCACUUUGGUGACGUUCACCCGGUGCCUGUAUGCCCAGCUCCAGCAGCAACAGUUCACCCCAGACCGGAGGAAUUCUUCGCCUUGUGCCAGUUUCUUUCAGUGUCUGUCCUUUUGUUAUGCUUCCCUCAUUCUCUCCAUUUUUUUCUUACGGACAUUUCCCAUAAUUAGUUUUUCUCUUUGUCAACCUCCAGGUGAUAGCUGGCUGGAUAUCACAGCUCAGGAUUUGGAGCGGCUGUUGCAGGAGAGAAGUGGGGGUAGAGCUGAUGUUGGCAGCCAAAACUCAAGUUCCACCAAACAGAAACAGCAUGUCGGGGAUGCAGAGGAGAGGGGAAAGGAGAAGGAGGACAACAUAGAGGAAGAGGAAGCUGGCUUCAGCCUGGUAGCUAUCAGUCAAGGGAUGAAGAACUUCCUCAAGGCCAUGUCUUCGCAUGAAGGUGCAGAACUGCCCUGGAGCAGUGCAACCCAGCCUUUUAAUAUUGAUCCAGACUCAAUGGCCAACGCACUGGGAAGACUACUUGGAGGCAAAGACGAAGAGCUGGAUUCAGAUGAUCUUGAUGAUUCUGAUAAUGAUGAGGAGGAGGAGGAGGAGGUAGAAGAGAAAGAAGAUGGCUUCUGUGGUCAAGCAGAGAUGAAAGGAACAGAAACUCUGGACAGUCUCAAAAAAUAUAUGGACCAAAUGGAUGAGGAACUGAUGAAGACUAAUGUAGGACAAAGCUUCAAGCGAACGAAUUACAACAAGGCAGGAGCAAGCGGCGACUCCUCUCACCCUUCUGCCAGAGACGAUCUCCCAAGGGAUAACAAACUGGAGGAGAAAGAGGAGGAGAUCCAGCCCUUAGAUGUGGAUGUCAAUUUGGUCACAAACUUGCUGGAGUCCCUCAGCUCCCAGGCUGGGCUGGCAGGACCAGCUUCCAAUCUGCUGCAGAGCUUGGGCAUACAUCUACCACCCAACUCUGAUCCCGCAUAAAGGGCAGGAAGUAGAAUCAAAUAAUUUAUAUGUGUCGUUUGGCCUAAUGAGAUGUGGGAAGUUAACAGCACAGGAAAGACCAGCAGCUAAAUAAUAAACACCAGACACAGUGUGCUUGAUGGAAGCACUGAAAUUGCUUGUAACACAGAUGAAGUUAAUAUUAAAAAUACCUUAAAUUCAUCUGUUUGAAAUUACGGUUAACUGAAAGUGAGAUUUUGCAGCAAAUGAGCAUUUAUAUCAGGUUAACUGUAAAUUUUUAAUACCUGUUGCUUUGUGUAAUUGUUGCGUGCACUUAUGGUGGUUUUUGUUCAACUACAAAAAAUAUUUUUCUAAAUAAAGCCGUUUUUCAUUCUUA